AUAAAAAAUGAAUUAAUUGCUUAAUUUAGAGGAAAAUCAGUAAAAUUAAAUGGAAAAUAGUCAAAAUUAAGUAGAUUUAUAAUAGUAAAAUGAGGCUGAAGAUUAAUAAUAAAUAAAAUAAUAAAAUUAGCUAUAAGAUGAGAAUGCUGAUAUUGAUUAAUCUAAGAAUAAGUAAGAUGAAUAGAAAAUGCAAGAAUUGAAUGAAUAAAAUAGUUAGAAAUAAGAUGAUGAAGGUGAAACUAAAAGAAAAGCAACAUAAGGUGAAAUGGAAACAGCAACUUAGAGAAAAGAUUAGAAUAGACGAUUAGAAACUGAAAAGUAAUAACCAAUAAAAACAACAACAGAAAGAACAUUCAAAACACUUGAAUAGAUAUAUAAUAAAAGAAAUACAAAUUCAUUACUUCAUCUUAGAACAGCUGAGUAAUUUGAUACUAAAAUAGUACAUGAUUAACUAAAUAGAUCUCAUGCAAAAUAAUAAUAUACUUUUUCUAAAGCUUAAAGGUUUCAAAAACCAAAAGAAAGUUAUUGUUCAAUGUAGUUUUAUGAUUCUUAGUAAAUUGUAUAAUUAAUUCUAGAAUUUAAACAUAAUUAAAUAAAAGAUCAGCAGCAUUAGGCUUUGGAAGUAAAUCAGAUUUUACAAAAAAAGACAAAUAUAUUCCAGGACCUACAGAUUAUAAUAUAAAAUUAUAACCAAAGCCAGGAGUUAAGUUUGCUUUUGGAAGAGAUGAAAUGCUAUCUAAGGGAUUACAUGGAAGACCUAAUACUAAUCCUGCUCCAAAUUUAUAUUAAGUAAAAGAUAUAAUCACUACACUUAAAUAUUCAAUGGGAGAGAGAACAUUAGCAAAACGUAUACUAAUUUUUCUAUUAAUUAGAUAUUUAUCUUGAAUCUACAACUCCUGCUCCUGGUAGAUACAAUGUAGGUGGUUUCAGUUAAAAAGGAAAUUAUUUUAUAUGUAAAUACAAAAGUAGUGGAGCUCCUGUCAUUUCACCAUCCACAGCAUAAUCUCAAAGACUUAAAAAGAUUCCUGGCCCUGGAACUUAUGAUCCUCCUGGAGAUAUUGGUGAUCCAAGAAAUUAUUUACCAUCUUAAUAUUCUACCAGAAGUGGAUUUCGAUUUGGCUAUUAAGAAAGAUAAACAUAAGAAAUCAAAAAUAAAUAAUGUAAUCUCAUUUUUUAAUCUUAAGUUCCUGGUCCUGGCACUUAUUAGCUCCCAUCAGAAUUUGGGGAUUUUGAAUACCCACCUUCAAUUUGAUUUAUUAUUUUAAAAAAAUCUUAUGCAUCC